AUGGAAACCUGCAAAGUGGUAGAAAACAUAUACCUCCUGGUGGUCGUCACUCUCAUCAGCGUUCUUCAGAAUGUUUUCUUCGCUCAGAAGGUAGAGAGGGAAUGCAAAUGCAAAAACAUCCACAUGGCUGCGUUUGAGAGAGUGUCUUGUGCCAACCGCAACUGCAUGGACGCUUAUCCGACUUUCCUGGCUGUGAUGUGGUGUGCCGGGCUUUGCCUCAAUCAAGCCCCUGCAGCCUUUGCGGGGAUCAUCUACCUUCUGGUCAGGCAGAAGUACUUUAUUGGAUACCUGGGACACAGCUCUCAAAGCACCCCAGGUUACCUAUUUGGAAAACGCAUCAUCAGCUUCUUGUUCCUGAUGUCCUCUGUGGGCAUCUUUAACUACCUGCUGGUACGCUACUACGGCAGUGACUACAAAGAAUACGUAGAAACCAUCACCGGUGCUGCGUCUGCUCUUCUGCUGCUCCCCUAG